GCUCCUCUCCCACCCUUUGGUAGUAGAUCCCUGGACCAGGCUUGUAAUCCUGGGUCUCUUUCUGAACACCCCGGCUCAGGACUUCGGACGUUGGCUUCACAUCUCCCUCAUCCCCUCCCACCAGGCCGUGCAACAACCACGACGUCUUCUCUCGCCUCACCAGCAACCAGAGCCAGGGCUCCGCGCUGGACAAGGGCCUCAUUAACCCCAUGGGUGGUGCCAGGAGUGCCUGGACGACCCCCCUGCAGUGCAGUUCCCUGGCGGAGGGACACUCCAAGCCCAUUCUCUGUGUGGAUGCCACCGACGAGCUGCUCUUCUCCGGAUCCAAAGACUGGAGCUGCAAAAUGUGGAACCUGGUGACGGGCCAGGAAAUCGCCUCGCUGAAGGGCCACCCCAACAAUGUGGUGUCCAUCAAGUACUGCAACCACUCGGGGCUGGUCUUCACCGUCUCAACCUCCUACAUCAAGGUGUGGGACCUCCGGGACUCGGCCAAGUGUGUCUGCACCCUCACGGUGCGGGAGGCAAACUGUGGCUCUGGUGCUGUGCUCAUGAGCUGCUGGUUCGACAAAGAGCUGGAUGUGAUACUCAGCGGCGGCCUCACCUCCACUGCUAACACCACUGUGGAUACUUCAGUGGCUUGCGUGCCAGUGGAGAAUGGACAGAGCCAAGAGGAGGAAAUCUGGGACGAGGAUGUGGAGUCACAAGGGGACCCAGAGGCAGAGGACGACUCAGAGGUCAGAGAUGCAUGA